UGUCAUCACUGUUGGAGGUCAAUUAUUACACCAUUCUUCUUCCCUUCCCUCCCCCCUACACGCCACACCAUGCUUCUACCGCCAGAUUAGAAAGUGAUUCGGUUGCUCUGUGUGUCUGGGCCAAGCAGGAGUUGAACCCAAUGACAUAGUCGUGAGAGAUACGUGCGUUGCCGCUGUACCAACAACAGAGGACGUUAACGCUGAAGUAUGGUUAUCAGUAAUGUUAGCUACAAAGCAGCUGAUUGGCUAGAAGAUAAGGAUUAUGAUAAAUAUCAGAUAAUGUACUUGGCUUUUGUGUUUGUAUGAUUCAGAAGACAUCACAGACAGGACUACAUUUUUUGUCUUUUGUUAAGUGGCAAAUGAUGCAGCAUGGCUCUCAGUAAAUGGCAAGAAAUAAAGGCUGCAACCAUGAGUGGAAGGGACGGCAGCCCCAAGAUUUCGCUGGCACUGCUGAAAGGUCGGUCAUCAAACCAGAGUGUACCGAGUAUUAGCUUUAGGUUCAAUCCUUCGGCAGAAAACAUCACACAAGUGUCGGAUCCCGAGGAAGAAUUGGAUGACAUAUCUUGUGACGUCUCCCUGGGAUCAUCUUUAGAAGCGAACUCUGCUGGUGUUCUUCGGGUCGAGUCUUUACGAGAUUCAUCGCCGGUAAAGGAAAGUUUCGGUCGUUCCUUCGGCAAACGUUCCUCCAGCUUAGAUAGUAAUAGUGCGCCCUUGGUCGAUCCUGCACCCACUAAGUCUUCUGAGAGUGGUGGCCUUCUGUCUAGACUCACCAAAACUUUUGAGGAUAAGAUUAAUGAAAUUCGAAAAGAAAAAGAGAAAGAUGUCAAAGGUGAAAAAGACAAGGAAAAAGAUCGUUUAGGAAUAAGUGGGGAAGGUUCCACAGAAAGUGAUGGUGGAUCUGCUAGUGGGGACAAAUCCCCUACGUCAAAGGAUAAUAGAAAAUCCAUUGAUAUUGUACAAAGAGCUGUUGAUGACAGUAAAUCCUUAAAGGCCGAGCUGACUGGUUCUCCUCCUAAGUCUAAGACCAGUAUAGUGCAAGACAUAACUGAACACACAAGUAAGAUCAAAUCUGAGUUUGGUAACAUCAGACCAAAGCUCUCAGAACUGCGCCAUCGGAGAAGUAGUAAGGACAGCUCCAGGAACAGUAAAGACACUACAAAGAAUAAAACUUUCCCUUUUACUUCUCUCCUUGGCCGAGAUGAGGGACUGGGGGAGGAAAUGCUUCUUGAAUGUGAUGAAGUUGAAGUAGAUAGAGCCGUUGAGGCACAGGAGGAUGCCAGUUUGUUCCAUGAAGACCUUGCUGUGGCAGACCCUGGCGACACUCCCACAGAGAAGGACAAAGAAAGUGCUGACCAAAGUAAAUCCCAGACUCCAAAGCCGUCUCCCAAAAAGAGAAAGCCUUCAUUACAGGCUGAGGUAGUAAAGGACUUGACAUUAAGAGAACAGUUUCUACAGUUAGUGAAUAUGUUGCCAGUAUCAGUGUCAGUUUUGUCAAAAAUUUCAGUGGCUGUGUUUUUUUUGUGUUUUAUUUUACCCAUGCCAAGGUUCUUGGCUGGUCUCUUUGUUGGCAUUAUGGUGUCUGGGAUAAUAUUCUACUGCCUCCUUCACUUCCUGCUACCACCCACCCCAGAACUACCUCCAGUUGAUGAUGGACCAGUAUUGUUAACACUUCCGGCUUAUGAAGAUCAGCAGUUGUAUAAGGGCUGGAUGAAUGAACUUGAGGGAGACUACAGCCCAGACACUUACCAUGUGACUCUUACCCAUUCUGUAUUAUUAAGACUUCAAGGAUCUAAACUGCAGAUGGAUCACCCUAGAGGGAAAGUUCCCAAGCAUGCCAGAUUGAAAGAAGAAAUACGCAACUUGGCAUUUACACACCAUCGAGAGUAUGAUAUUGCUGGAUGUCAGGUCAUGCUGAUGCCGCGAAAUUUGCCACGAAGAUGGUUGUGGAGUCGCAAAUACCCAAUAUGCAUCCGUCUUCAGUGUGGGUCCAAGGAAAGCUCACCUUCUCCAAUGUCCAUUGCAUCAACACCAACUGGUUCAGCUCAUGGUAGCCCAACACAUUUUGCAAGCUCACAUCUUGGACGACAGGGUAGUUCAGAAAGUGUAGAAGGGAACUGGAGCUUAGACAACAAUAAAUCAUCUGGAGAAGACGACUUAAUGACAUCAUCACUGGACAUGGCUUCAUUUGAAGAGGUUACACCAGAUAUGUGUCAAGAGAAGUCUCUUUAUCUCUUUGCUCGUUCUGACCGAGAGAAAGACGACUGGUUCAGACGUUUGGUGGCAGCAUCAGAACUUGCAGUGAAACCACAGUCUUCACCCAGUCACAAGCCUUCAAACCAGGAAGUAGGUGAUACCAUUCUUCUUGAAGGGAUACCAGAAACCCUGUUUAACCAAGGAAAGGAACAUCAACAGGAAGGUGCAGCUUCAACUCCCCCGGAAAUGGACUUUGAGCGGUACAUGGCCCGGCUCCUCUAUCAGCCCGGAGGAAUGUCUUCUGAUGGAACACCAGGUCCAGCCAAUGUAGCUUGGAUCAAUGCUCUGGCAGGACGACUCUUUUAUGAUUUUUUACGUAACCCAUAUUGGGCCAACAAGGUGCAAGAACGUGUUCAAAGAAAAUUAAGUAAGCUCCAUGUUCCUUACUUUGUAGGGGAUGUUGUAGUGUGUGGAGUGAACAUGGGCUCAGCCACACCCCAACUCUGUGCUGUUGGUAGUCCUCAGGUGGACUCAAGGGGACUUUGGGUUGAUCUUAACGUAGAAUAUUCUGGAAAUUUUACAAUGAGUUUGGAAACAAAAUUGGACCUUAUGAAGCUUAAACGUACAACUGGCUUAGAGGGUAACACCCCAAACACAUCAUCUCCUCCUAGUCCAGCAGAACCUGCACCACACACCAGUGGACCACGAGUGUACACUCGAUCCCCAUCCUCUGACCGCCUCCUUCGUAACCUCCACUUUGAUACUGACACAGACGAUAGUGUAGAGUCUUCCAGUGAGGAAGAAGGGGAGGAAGAGGGCUUGGCAGCAGAAGCUGGACUUCCUGUUGGGGGCAGUGGACCAACUUCUCGACGGUUGUUAAGACUAGUAGAUACUGUAGCCGGAUCACGUUACUUUCAGCAGGCUGCCGAGUGGAGAUUACUGCAGCGGGCCCUCCAGGGCGUUAGUAACACACGUAUAGAGCUCAGCGUUGAGGUGAGACGGCUUGCCGGAACCUUGGCAUUGAAUGUUCCACCCCCUCCCGCGGAUCGACUCUGGUACGGUUUCCGUGGGGUUCCUGAACUGGUGAUGGUGGCACGGCCCAGGCUUGGUGAUCGCAUUCUUAACUUACCUUUCUUGGUCGAAUUCAUACAGAAGCAACUGAGACUUAUAUUUGAGAAAGUAUUCGUUCUACCUAACAUGGAUGAUAUCGUGAUCCCCAUCAUGUCUCCACUUCUGCCAGGCCAACACCAGCAGCCUCGGCCACCUUGGGAAUCCUCACACAUCACUACGUCAGCAGACACCACUCUACCUGUUCUCUUCAAAGCAUCUAUCACCAACCCAAGUAUAGUAACUCCAACUGUCAAGUUCACUCCUUCUCCACACUAAUAAACCUGAAUAUGACACUGAAUGAAGAAAUAAUCAUAAGAAAGCAAUGUGUGUAUAAGUAAAAACCUUUGCUAAUGUAAUGUCAUGUAAAAGCAUUUAAAUUUUGGUUAUAUAUUCAGUAGUAAAGGAUAGAUAACUCAUAGUUUUCAUAUGUAUAAAUGUUUUCUCUGGGAAUUUGGAAGCACCUUCUUCUGGCUUCUAGUCUGUCAUGUAACUACAGGGACUUUUAACGAAAGAAAAUCACUUUUUUCUUCUUCUUUUUUCAAUGUGAUGAGGUAGACUGUAGCUAUAUAUCUACUUAUUAUCUAUAAUUGUCUCCCUAAUUUGUAUGGAGUAGAUCAAGGGGUACAAAGUCUUCAAAAAGAGAGGGGAAUAAGGAGGGAAAAUGGUAUAGACAUGUGUAAGAAGUAAGAGGAGAGGCUACCACUUGUUUAUACUUGCCCUACACAACUUUCCCUAACUUUUCUUUGAGACUUUAGUUAACCUUGAUCCACAAGGGACACAUUGUGAGAAGUAGCUAAAUGUAAUCAAUAUCUUGGUGCUAUAGCAUUGGAUUUAUGGUUUAGAAAUUGAUUUGGCUUUUGUACACAAAACUAAAAUGAAAUUUGUCCUGAGUAGUGAAAUACAAAGCUGUUGAACUGCAUAUGGAGUAAAGGUGUUGAAUCGUAAUUGAUGGGUUAAAACAGUGUAUUUAUGUACACACACAUAUCUACUUUGGGUAAUGUAGGAAACUUAGAAGUACAAGAAGUUAAAUCAGAAGCUCCCUUCAGUUUUAUCUGGUUUGAAUUACAUCCAUGGUGCCUGUUUUACUUUAGCUUUUAGAGAAGGUAUCUUAUAAAGCCCUCAUAGCCUCAUCUUACCUUGGCCCACAAGGGGGAGGACCACAGAUUAAAGUGCACUGUACAACCAUGAAUUAUAUAUUACCAUAUAAUUUCAAUGGCCAGUUAUCAAUUAAUGAUCUGAUUUGAAAUGUCUGGUAUGAAUUAUAACGUUCUAUUCAAAAUGUUUAACUUAGAUUUAUGAAGUUAUACGUUAGUGCUUACAAGUCAAGGCAACACUGGUUGUCAUUUUCUCGGGGGUGAUAAACUAACCUUGACAGUGGUGGAAGGCAUUAGGAACACAUUCUGUAAGUGUUCAGUUUUGUUGUAACUGGACUCCUAUCAGUGAAUUUAUACAUCUUCAAGGUGUAGCUCAAUAAGGGUGGUGCAACUGUUGCUGCAGUCAUUGUGUCAGUUGGAGUCGGAGUAAAAUACCAGGAUUAGCAUUGAAAACUUGCCCAGAGAAAAUGAUAAUAUUGAGAUAAAACUCAUAUAAGCUGGGUUUAAAAAGAUGAGUUUUGCUAACCCCUGUAGAGUCCUGCCACGUCCUCUGUUGUACUUGAAGCACUGCUAAGCAAUUGUGUGAUAUGGUUAGUUGUGUGUAAGUCAUGUGGAGAUGAUCUGUCCAAAGAUGUCAUCAAUGCUUCUAAUAUACUGUACUGUGUAUCUGUUCUGUGCUUGUCCAGAUGGACUCAUUGGCAGUCUAGACUGCUUUAAAUGUUGUCGAGUACAGUAGUAGAGUGAAUGACUGUGGAUUUUGAAAAUUAGAAAUAGGUUGAAAUAUUAUUUUUGCACAUUAAGAAAACAUUACACAAAUAUUAGGAUUUUUAAUAUUGCCAAUGGUAUCAUAUCCUUCCAUUAUUAAAAAAAAAGAUAAGGUAGAUUUUUUAUAAAGAUAAUAAAUACAAAUGUAACACUGAUAUAAGGCACAGUUUGAGGCUAAGCUGCCAUGACAUUGUAGACUUACAGUAAAUUAAACUAAGUUUUACAAUAUCUGGUGUUAACUGUUUUGCUUUACUUGUGAGAAUAGUUAUACUGUAGGUAGUAUUUUGUGUUUAAUGAGGUACUGUAGUCAACUUUUCUCUCAUCAUAUCUACACUUAGGAACUAUUUUGUACUCUGUGCGUGUGUGCGCGCGCGGGCGGGCGGGCGUGCGGGCGUGCGUGCGUGCGUGCGUUUGUUUGUUUACUGUUGAUGCAUCAUGAUUUUUGUGAAAGUUGUUUCCAAUUGGAGAUGAAAAUAUACUUGACAUCAUUCAUUUUCAUCUGAAGAGAAAGCAAUAAGAUAAAAGUAAAAUGUCAGACAACUCCUGUUUCAGUGCCUCCUGUAGUAGCUCCACUGCACUUAAAAGGAAUACAGUGUUGCUUAUAUUUUAAAGUUUCUGAAAGAUCACAAAAAUCAUUUGAGAUACCUAUAGGAUAUGGCUAUGCACAUUAAGAUUUGAGGAAGUGUGCUAUUGACCACCGAGAGGAGUUUUGUGUACGUUGUAAUUGAUUAAUGGUAUUGCAGUGU